CUUCGCAGACACCUUGAACAUUUCUGAGCCUGAUCGAUGCAUUGACCAUCUCAUGGCAGCUUUCAACUUCACCCCUUCUGACCCUUCAACAUUCAUCCUAAUUGGCAUCCCUGGCCUGGAAGCUGCCCAUGUCCUGAUUUCCAUCCCUUUGUCUAUGUUCUACAUUAUUGGACUGUUGGGAAAUUUCAUGGUUUUGUUUGUUGUACUCAAAGAGCAGACCCUGCACAAGCCGAUGUACCUGCUGCUCUCCCUGCUGGCCGUCACUGAAAUCAGCACAUCUACCUCCAUCGUGCCAAAGGCACUGUGUAUAUUUUGGUUCAAUUUGAAAGGCAUUACUGUGGGUGGCUGCCUCACCCAGAUGUUCUUUCUUCAUGCAGGUUCUAUGAUGCACUCAGCUGUCCUCAUGACAAUGGCGUUGGAUCGCUAUGUUGCCAUAUGUAACCCUCUGAGAUACGCCACCAUCCUCACCAACGCACGAAUAGCUAAGCUAGGGCUAGUGGCUUUGGUAAGAGCUGUUCUCUUCACUCUGCCCCUGCCCCUGCUCCUAAGCAGGCAGCCAUUCUGUGCCAACCGCAUUAUCCCCCACACGUACUGUGAGCACAUGGCUGUGGCAAAGAUGUCGUGUGGGGACAUCGCAGUCAACAGGAUGUAUGGCUUGGUGAUGGCAUUAGUCACCUGGUCAGACCUGACGCUCAUUGCCCUCUCCUAUGGUCUGAUCAUCAGGGCUGUCCUCAGAAUCUCCUCCAAGAAAGCCCACCAGAAAGCCCUCAACACCUGCACAGCCCACAUCUGUGUGAUGUUGACGUCUUAUCCUCUCUUCCUCUUCUCCACUCUGGCACACCGGUUCGGUCAAGGCAUCACUCCCCAUGUUCACAUCAUCUUCGCAAACCUCUUCUUCCUCAUCCCCCCCAUGCUCAACCCUAUCAUUUAUGGGGUCAAAUCCAAAGAGCUUUGUGACAAAGUGGUCAAAUACACUUGAAGAAUGUGAUCUCCUGGGGCCACUGAC